CUCCCGCUCUCCUAGAUCGACGGUUGGGGCUGGCUGCAGGUGUAGCGGCUACGGGGAGGGACCGGGCUGAGCUGCCGGCGGCGGCGGCGGCUUCAUGAGCCUCCUGCUGUCGCUCCCGCCGUCGCUGCCUCUGCUGCUGCUGGCUCUAACCAGGGGCACCUGCGCCUUUUUCUCCCAGGCCGGGAUUAUGAACGCGUGCAGCAGCAGCAGCAGCGGCGGCGGCGGGGGUCGCGCCACCCCUGCCGCGGGUUGCCACGGCUUGGGGAAGGCAACCCAGUGCCUGCGGCUGCCUUCCGUGGCGGGCGCCGACCCCCAGCGCUGCAACGAGCUGCUCCUGUUGGCGGCGGCGGGGCUCCGCAAGCAGGAGAACCCACAGGGCAACCCCGGAGAGAAGGCGAAGCCGGAGACGUCGGCGGCAGCCCCCCAGCAUCACGUCCUCUACUUCCCCGGAGACGUGCAGAACUAUCGUGAAAUUAUGGCACGUCAUCCUGAAAAUUUUCAGUGGGAAAACUGGAGUCUAGAAAAUGUUGCUUUCCUUCUAGCACACCACUUCACCAAUAGUUAUAUUUGGGUAGUAAAGAGCUCCCGAAUGCAUUUGCACAAGUUCAGCUGUUAUGACAAUUUUGUGAAGAGCAACAUGUUUGGUGCCCCAGAACACGGCAUUGAGUUUGGAGCUUUUAAGCAUCUUUAUUCGUUAUUAGUUAAUGCAUUUACCCUUACACAGAACAUUGUCUUGUCAAAGAAGAAAAGGUAUGAUUUAAGAAAGGAGACAAAAACCCCUGGCUACUAUAAAACAAAUUCAUCUCAUGCUUCAAAUGGCUGCCAGGGGGAGAGAGAGAGAAAAUAUGAACAAUAUGAUGACUCUGACACCAACUUUAAUCCACCAUCUUUUAAAGAUGCAUCCUUUACUUUGAUUGGAUUCAGUAAAGGAUGUGUUGUUUUGAACCAGCUGCUUUUUGAGCUGAAAGAAGCCCAGAAAGAUAAGAAUAUAAAUACCUUCAUCAAAAACAUAAGAACAAUGUACUGGCUGGAUGGUGGUCACUCUGGAGGAAGCAAUACUUGGGUUACUUACCCUGAAGUGUUGCAAGAAUUUGCAAAAACAGGGAUUACAGUUCAUACUCAUGUUACUCCUUACCAAGUAAAUGACCCCAUGAGGUCUUGGAUUGGAAAGGAGCACAAGAAAUUUGUACAGAUCCUCGAGGACUUUGGCAUGCAGGUGACUAGCCAGAUUCAUUUUGAGCAGGAACCUCCUUCCAUAGAAAAUCACUUCAGGGUUCAUGAAGUAUUUUGAAACUUGAAGUUUACCAAUUUACGGUAUUGUUAAAGAACAAAAACGCUCAGUUGUGAAAUCAAGUAACAAGAAACAACAUUCAAUAGACACCUUGUAUUGUUAGUUUGGGGGAAAUGGAAGCACAGUUACUAAAAAUUGGCAUGAUGUGCUAAGGGUAUUCCUUGAAAGUGAAUUCCAGCAGUUCUUAGUUUGAAUUGGGUUAGAGUUACAAGUCAUUUAUGCUAUCAUUGUGGUUCUUGCUAAUCCUAUGAUGUGACCCUUGAAAUUAGUGAAAAAGGUAUCUUUAAAAGGCAUAACUAUGAUUGAUUAAAACUAAAAUGAUUAUUGAUAUUUAAAUAAUUGGAGAUUUUGAAUAAUAUUUACUUCUAACUUUUAUCUUGGUAACAAUAAAGGAACAUUAUCUAUGUUAGCACCCUGAAAAUUUUAAGAUUUGAUUUCAUUAUACACUUGGGUGGGAACAUUCCCUUUAGUAGAGGCAAAGAUUUGAUGGUAUUUUCUAUUGUUUGGGAGUAACUACCAAUUUGUGCUUCAUUCUUAUUGCCACACAAAGGAUAUUUCCAUUGUCUUAUUUGAUUCAUCUUGCAACAUCUGUCACUAAAUAGUCUUUUCUUCUAGGUCUUAUAAAAAUAUUAAACAAAUAUAUUUUAUGUAGAAAAUGACCAAUAAUCUUUUAGUGUACAAUUGUCCAUUAAGUUUUAACAUUCCAUCUCAACUUUACAGUUUGAUUUUUAACUGAUUUUUGACAAUACAAUCCUUUAAUUCAUUUUGGUCACAAAUUUAUCUUUUGGGAAAUUGGUCUGAAACAGAAUUACAUAUUUUAUACUAGCUCAUAUGUACUAUGGUCAGAUUUUAAACAUUUCAUUUCAUGAAUCUUAUGAAAAAGAUCAACAUGGGUGGUAAAAAUAAAUAAAUAAAAUAAAAUAAAAUCAUUGCUCCAUUUAUUACUCUCCCCAAAAGGAAGACAAAUUCUACAGUUCUGAAUCACUGGUUCCUUUCCAGAAGAGUGAUUUGCCUGCCAAAAGGAAACAGCUCUCUUUGGACAAAAUGCAAAAUUACUGCAGAAAGAAGUUAUAAAGGAAAGUUUAAAGACACAAAAUUUAAUUUUGGCUCAAAAAUUUAAUUUGGGUAACACUGCUGCAUAACUUAGGUGAAAGGUCUCUUCUGUUAUUUUUUUCCUUGACAAAUAAAAUUAGGGAAACCAGGAUGCCAAUUAGCAAUGAAAAGAAGUUAUUUGAUGAAGACAAUUUUUGUAAUCCAUCUAUCAUAGUGGAUACUUUGUCACAAUUACUAGCCUUUAAAUAGUUGUGCAGUAAACCUAAAUGAUAUUUAAUUCACUCUUGUGAUUUGAAAAAAAGGAGAAGUAAAAUAAUAAUGAUCCAAUAGACAAUAUUGGAAUUUACUCACUGAAAACUUAUAAAAGAGCAUAGGAUGAAGAUACUAUAGACUUGGCUUCAGGUCAACUAAAAUAAUUUCAUGGGAAUACCCUAUUUAGUAUUGUCUUUUCACAGUACCUUUUAAAAAAAAUGUUUGCUGUCGAAACAUUCCAAAUGUUCAGAGCUUAAUGGGAAAUGGGAUCGCUGUCUAAAAUUUUUCCCUAAAAAAAGAACUGCUUAAGCAGAAAUAUCCUAUUUUGUUUUAACACUUAGUUCUGUAUAGGAAUACUGUGUUUAUAACUUGCUCUUGGAUCUUUUUAUGGGGGGAGAAAAAUAGUUUUGUUGCUGAGACUUUCUUUAAAUAGCUAGUUUCUUUUGAGACCAAAAAUUACUACUAACCCCUUCCCCCCCCCCACCCCCCUGCUCCCCAACCCAUUCCUAACCUCAACAAAAAAAGAAAACCUUCAAUCAAAGUAGUUGAUAAAAUAAGUUGUGCAAUUACCACAAAUUACCUGUUUUAAUACCUGUUUUAAGUCUCACAUUCACAUGUGCACAGACUAAUGAGUGAAAGAAUUUAUUUUCCAUUGAGAUUGAAAUGAGGUUUGGGAUGGAAAAAUUCAGGGGAGAGUGUUUUUCUACAUAUCUUUUAAUAUUGUGAUUAUAAAUAAACAUUUUGAGUACUUUAUGUAUUAGUGCUAAUGUGAAUGAUAAACUGUAAACUUGAAAAUGCCCUUUUUGAACUUUUCUGGAUAGAUAAAUCAAGAAAAUUAACUGUCAGGCUCUUGGAACUAUUAUCAUAUCAAAGCGUUGGUUUUUUUCCUAUGCUGGAAAUAAAUUUCUGCUGAAUAGUGUUUAAUUUUUCAAGAAAUUGGUCUGUUUCAAUGAUUGUUAUUAGUACUUUAAAGCAAAAUUUUCUUUUUCUGUGUCAAAAUGUUUUUUCUUUAAUAAUUGUAAUAAUUUUCAAUUGUGCCUUGUGUCACAAGUUGAAAAAUCGACAUGAAGACAAUGUAAAAAGUUGAUCCCACCACAGCAUUAAUAUAUAAUUGUAUUAAAAUUAGUCAUCAAUAGAUUGUUUUUGAGUAUGCUUUACAUAUAAAUAAGGAGUUAAUGAACGUUGAGAUGUUAGAGGAGAAGCUGCUAACAUGCCAGGUUAGGUUUGAAUAUGUGAAAGACUAUUAAAUUUUCAUUUUCUUUGGCCAAGCUAUAUUGUCUAAAUUCACUUUGAAAAUUAAUUAUAGGGGCAGCUAGGUGGCACAGUGGAUAGAGCACCGGCCCUGGAGUCAGGAGUGCCUGAGUUC